UUACAGUUGAAAUUAAGACGCAGUGGUGCACAUCUGAUGCUUGUUGGAUGCUUGACAGUGAGUGGCGUGCGCACGAGGGAGCAGGCUGACGAUUAAGGCACAAUGAAAGGCAUUAUCCCCAGGAGCAAAACUAAAGGUGUUGAUAUCUGUGCAGGGAAAGAGCAGUGUUAUAUAAUCCGCUCUGAUCUCGGCUGCUAUAUGCAGACAAGUGAUUUAAAUAAAGGUUCAAACAUCAGUAUUUUCAGUCUGCAUCCCUCCUGCCAGAAUGGAGAGCAUUAUUUUGCUGAUAAGUUUGGCCACUUUUACAUCAUUAAGGGAGAAUUGUGCCGCAGGGUCACAGACCUGUCAACAGAUGCCGAUGCUGAAGUUUAUAACCUUCAUCCUGAGUUGCAAGGUGCAGACCACUACUUGUCGGUCGAUGACACAUUUUUUAUCAUCUUCCAAGAAAGUGGAACUUUCAAACAGACACAAGUUUUUUUUAAUCCCGUCUUCUUCUUCGUCAGACCCAGUCCAUAUUUAAUGGUAAACCCUAAGUUAACCUCUAAAUACAGUGAAGGUCUUUAUUUCUGGGGUCUGUCAGAUGGCCUCUGCUUUCUGAAGCCGGUCUCAGAGUGGGGAGUCGAAUACUGCAAAAUCAGCAACCUUGAGAAAGAGGAACGUCUUCAAGUCUUUUCUCUUCACCCUGAUGUUGUAAACUUUCUGCCUGGUGGUCUGUCGAUAACUAGAGGCCCAGCCUUUGGCAGGUGGGAGAUUAUUAAAACUAUACGAAAUGACAGUGACGCAACAGGGAAAUGGGGGAUGAAGAUCACUACAAAGGUCGGAUACAAUAAGGAGACAAUGAAACAGAUGACACACAACUGGAAGAUAGAAACGUCUUUCUUAAUUAAAUGUAAAGAUCUCUCAGAGUUAAUUGCGAAAUUACAGUUCUCUUUUUCUGCAGAAUAUGGAGGUUCAUAUGUGGACACUAAGCAGGAAAGCUGGAAUGAAGCAACUGAAGUGGAAGAGGAGCUAACAUUGGAACUGAAGCCCAGGCAGUGUUUAUAUAUUUGGCAGUACAGACUGGGUUUUGGUGAUGAAUCACUGUUGUUCUGUCGUCAUUUAAAAAUUGGUGAUCAGCCGACCCCUCCAACUGAUGUCCACCUGCCACCUGCAGAACCACAAGAAAACCUCAAAUCGGAAGAUAACCAAGGGAUUCAGUGAUUUUUACAUAUCUGCACACAUUGGUAACACAAAGAGAAGGCUGUUACUGUAUUGUACUGUUAAGUGUUUUUUUGUAGAUACACUGCCAUUAACGAAACAUUCAUAAGUCUCAUUCACUGAUUAUUGUGUACAUAAUUCAUAUUUAUAAGUAAGGGUGUGCGGGGCAAAAACUAAAGCGGAGUUAGU